CAUCAAAACAGUGUAAAGCUGCCGCCAUUAACGAAACAUCGGAGAGAGAGAGAAUGAACAUCGUUGGAUUGAGCAAACGUUUCUUCUCCGAUCGUCGUUCUCUUCACGGGAUCAACAAUGCUCUCGUCCAAACUGUGUUAUCCGGUCGGAAACCUAUUCUGGGAUUCUCCGGCCGAUCGUUUCACGAGCUGCGCAAGGCUGGGAAUUUCGUAGUCCCUCGCGUCUUCUCCGUGUCGCGAAAUCUAUCGACGAACGCUUCGUCUCCUUCGAAACAGCCUGCGUUUCUGCGAUGGUAUUUGAGAAAGCUCGAAUCACACCCUUUCGUGACUAAGAGCGUCACUACUUCCCUUAUUUAUAUGGCCGCCGAUCUCACUUCUCAGAUGAUCACAAUGCCGCCCGCUGGUUCUUUUGACCUGAUAAGAACAGCUAGAAUGGCUAGCUUUGGGUUGAUAUUUCUUGGGCCGUCACAGCAUCUGUGGUUCAGUUAUCUUUCUAAAAUAUUGCCAAAGCGCGACGUGUUGACAACCUUUAAGAAAAUAAUGAUGGGGCAGGUUCUUUUCGGACCUUGUAGCAACACUGUCUUCUAUUCUUAUAAUGCCAUUUUACAAGGUGAAAAUUCUGACGAAAUUUUGGCGAGAUUGAAGCGAGAUCUUCUGCCAACUUUGAGAAAUGGACUUAUUUAUUGGCCGGCCUGUGAUUUUGUUACAUUUAAGUAUGUGCCAGUUCAUCUACAGCCACUGAUGAAUAGCUCGUGCGCUUAUAUAUGGACGAUUUAUUUGACAUAUAUGGCAAACCAGACGAAAGCUGACAGCUGAAAUAAUGGACACUGUUAUUGGUCACACGCAAUUCGCAAUCUCUUUAUUCCAUUGAACCGUCAAGUAAACAUCAGAUAUUAGUACUAGUAGGUUUGUUUUUUGUGUUUACAAUUCAGCAACAGUAUCUCAUAGAUAUGGACAUAAAAAUGUAUGGAUUUUGAAUUUUUUUUAUCCAAGCAUAUAUUUCUAAGAAAGUUCCAUCACAAAUAUUGCCAACAUGGGCUUUGCCAUCUUCUUUUUCUCUACAUCCAAUUUGUUGGAGCAAAUGGAUCAUGAAGUGAAGGUAGCCGUUGGAUUAAUUAAGAGCUUUAGAGCCAUUAGAUUUGGAAGUUUGAUUCAGUCUUUGUUUGUUUGGUUUUAGUGUCUGUAAUGGGACCGAGUAUAUAGGCUCACGUCUGUUGCUCUAUUUCCACUAGCGUCAGUUUCGUUUGCAGUUUGUUUCUUGUUUUGUAAGACUAUUUAUAGUCAUAUCUUUCUUUUGAAUGAAGUACGUUUUCAGCAUUAA